AUGUUGAUUCCGGGGAAAUGAAAAUAUCCUCUGGUGUUAGCUGGUUAGCCUGUUAGCCGCUAGCUGUCGGUCUGUUUGUGUUGUUUCUACAGUUUUUCUUGUGUUUCUUGUGUCUCCGUUUGUUUUUUCCGUGUUGACCGGAAACAGAAACAGUUAAAACAAGGAGACGUUUCCGGUUUAAGCGACGUUUGUUCAACUUUAGCUGCGUUUAACGUUAGCAUUAGCGUAAGUUAGCCGUGGUGAGUUCAGGGUCCGUGAGUUUUUUUUUUUUUUACUCAUUCACUUUUGUCCAGAACAGCGCCACCUGCAGGACAAACUGCACACCAUCAACACGGUCUACAGCUACGCCGAGGAGGACAGGCGACGACAGGUGAGGUGAAGAUGGACACAGUGAGGAGGAUCCUGGUUUAUGUUUGUAAAGACCGAGCGUCUCCACAGCGAGCUCAGUUUGUUCAGAGUGUAACCGGUUACUUCAGUGAUGAUGGUGAAGAUCAGGUGGAGGUGAAAUGUUCUCUGGACAAAAACCGUCUCGUCCUCUUCAGAGGAGACAGAGGACAAGGAGGAGGAGUCACGCUGAAGAGGCCCGCCUUCUGCCCCAUCAAGCACCUGUCCGUCACAGAGGCAGCUGCCAUCCCAUUGGACGUCCAGCAGCGUGGAGUGGAUGUGGGCGUGGCCAUACUUCUGCAGACAGCCAAUCAAAGAGUGCUGCUGACUCGCCGGGCGAAGGAGCUGCGUGUUUUUCCUAACGUGUGGGUUCCUCCAGGUGGACACAUGGAACCAGACGAGACGCUGCUGGCUGCUGGUCUCAGAGAGUUACAGGAGGAAACUGGACUGAGUCUUGAACCAGAAGAGGUUUGUCCAAAGAUUCUGGGACUGUGGGAGUCAGUGUAUCCUCCCAUGUUGUCCUCAGGUCGUCCUCAGAGACAUCAUAUCGUCGUCUACAUGCUGCUGCACUCGUCCCUCUCUCACCUGCAGCUUCAGGCGUCCCUCCGCCCGUCACCCGCUGAGGUCAGCGCGUGUCUGUGGGUGGACAACCGUCUGGUCAGAGCCAUCGUGUCGGCGGUGGACGGAGAGGACGGUGACGUGGACCUGAACGACCUGCCGAGCAACAUCAGUGUGUCUCAGGUGUCUGCAGACGCAGCUGCUCUCACCAUCUCUUCUCUGCCGAUCGAGGCGCUGGUUCGUCGGGCGCCGGCGAGCGGCCCGGACGUGGAGCGGGUCAGCACCGGAACCAAGUUUGCCCUGGAGCUGUGGCUGAGGAGCCUGACCUCUGACCUCUGACCUGUAAACCUGUCAUUCAAAUUCUAUAUUUCUUUUUGUCAAUAAAUCAUGUGAACAGAAA